CUUACACCAGUGCUGAGACAUAAUUUAGUCCAGCGAGUAAGCGAGAACUAUGUUUUGUCUUCUUGGUCUUCUCGUUGCUCUUGUUGGRACAGCACUUCAUCCUGUAUCAGGUCAGACUCCAGGCUAUGUGUUCAUUGGCUGCUUUUAUGAUUCCAACAGAAGACCUCUUAACAAAUUGGUCAAAAAUUUGCGCGGUCACAUUGAUUGGAAAGCCCUGAAGAAGACGGUUGACAGUUGUGCAACACAAAUCAAAAAAGAAGGUUAUGAAUACUUUGGGGUUCAAUUUUAUGGUGAAUGUUGGAGUGGAAAGGACGCAGCGACAUCGUUCGCCAAGGUUGGUCCCGCUCCACUGUCAAAGUGCGGACGAGGCGUGGGAACAUCAUGGGUGAAUGCAGUCUAUAGGCUUGUCAAUCUUCCACCUUGUUCCUCGGAUUUGCAAUACAAACCAUUACCAAGCUCUGGUACUGUCCAGGAGUUGACUUGGUGUUCAAAUGAAACAUCGGCUAAGCUGGAAAUGAGUUUGGGUUAUCCAACACGAGUGACGGGAAUUGGUAUGCAAGGGAAAUACCCUGAUAAAUGGAUGACUUCAUUUACACUCGAGUACUCCGAAGGAGAAAUGUUUGUACCUUAUGUUGAGAGAGGUUUGAUAAGGAUCUUUCAAGGCAAUAGUAACUGGUACGACCUUAAGAUCAUUUGGCUUGUCAACCCAUCUGAAGGAACAAGAUUUCGUAUAGUCCCUAAGACCUGGACGCCUUAUCCCGGCCCUGUCUGUGCUCGUUUUAGACUAUUUGGCUGUAGACUGCACUAAUGGGACGUGAUAACAGAUCAAGUAUAUACGUAAAAUACAAUUGGAUAAAAAGUUGUGCUAAAUGAUCAAUAAACAAAAUUGCAAUCAU